AGUUUGGAACAGUUCCCAGUUCCUAGUUUUUGUAUGACAAAGUGGAACUAUUUCCCAGUCACUGUCUCUGAGAGGUGAAAUGGCACAGCGAGGAAUUCAGAUGGACCAGGAAAAACUCUGCUGUUCGAUCUGUCUGGAUCUACUGAAGGAUCCAGUGACUAUUCCCUGUGGACACAGCUACUGUAUGAGCUGUAUUAAAAGCCACUGGGAUGUAGAGGAUCAGAAGAAAAUCCACAGCUGUCCUCAGUGCAGACAGCUCCUUAUACCGAGGCCUGCCCUGGUGAAAAACACAAUGUUGGCAGAUUUAGUGGAGGAACUGAAGAAGACAGGACUCCAACCUGCUGCGGCUGAUCACUACUAUGCUGGAGCAGGAGAUGUAGCCUGUGAUUUCUGCACUGGGAGAAAGCUGAAAGCUCUCAAGUCCUGUCUGCAAUGUGUGGUCUCUUACUGUGAGCAGCACCUCCAGCCUCACUAUGAAUCCCCUGCCUUUGGAAAACACAAGCUGGUCGACCCCUCCGAGACGUUUCAGGAGAACGUCUGUACUCGUCACAACGAGGUGAUGAAGAUGUUCUGUCGCACUGAUCAGAAAUGUAUCUGUUAUCUGUGCUCUUUGGAGGAACAUAAAGGCCACGACACAGUUUCAGCUGCAGCAGAACAGACUGAGAGGCAGAAAGAGCUCGGGGUGAGACGACAAAAGAUCCAGCAGAGAAUACAGGACAAAGAGAAAGAUGUGAAGUUGCUACAGAAGGAGGUGGAGACCGUCAUUCACUCUGCUAAUGAAACUGUCAGAAACAGUGAGCAGAUCUUCACUGGCCUGGUCUAUCUCAUUGAAAAUAAAAGCUCAGAAGUGAAGCAGCAGAUCAGAUUUCAGCAGGAAACUGAAGUGAGUCGAGCCAAAGAGCUUCAAAUGAAGCUAGAACAGGAGAUCUCAGAACUGAGGAGGAAAGACACUGAGCUGGAGAAGCUCUCUCUCUAUGAGGAUAACACCCAGUUUCUACGCAAGUACCCCCCUCUGCCAUGUCUUAGUGAAUCUACAGACUUGCCCAGUAGUGGUACCAGUCCUCCGAGGUACUUUGAGGAUGUGACUGCAGCUGUGUCAGAGGCCAUAGAUAAACUACAGGAUGUUCUUAUCAAGGAAUGGAUCAAUAUCUCACAUACAUUGACUAACGUGGAUGUUUUACUGCCACAAGCAGAGCCAAAGACUAGAGAUGAAUUCUUAAAAUAUUCACACAAAAUCACACUGGAUCCAAACACAGCAAACCAACAGCUGCAAUUAUCUGAGGGGAACAGAAAAGCAAAAAACAAGAGAAAAAAACAGUCGUAUUCUAGUCACCCAGACCGAUUUAUUAACAGGUCUCAGGUCCUGAGUCAAGAGAGUCUGACUGGACGUCAUUACUGGGAGGUGGAGUGGAGUGGGUUAGGAGUUCAUGUAGCUGUCGCAUACAAGGAUAUUAGCAGAAAAGGAGACAAAAGUCAAUUUGGAAACAAUGACAAGUCUUGGGCUUUAGAUUGUUCAGAUGAUAAUUAUGAAUUCAGUCAUGACGGAAUCUGUACUUCCGUCUCUGGUCCUGAGUCCUCCCGAGUGGGAGUGUACCUGGAUCACAGGGCAGGUGUUCUGUGUUUCUACAGCAUCUCUGAAACCAUGACCCUCCUCCACAGAGUCCAGACCACAUUCACUCAGCCGCUCUAUGCUGGACUCAGGACUUAUGGUUUUCUUGGAUUUGGAUCAUCUGCUGAGCUUUGUGAGCCGAAAGACUAAAGCUAACCCUAACCCUAAAGAGGUGCUGGGUGGAUUCUGUUGUGAGUGUGUAAAUAGAUAAUUAUCCAUCUCAACUGCCUUUAGGGUUUGAUCACAAUCACUGCUCAUACAAGUAGAGCAUUCUUUCUUCUUUUAUACAGACUUUU